UAUACAACAAACCUAAUUACAAUAAUAAAAGAAUAAAGAAGCUGGCUCUUGGACCCAGAUCUUCAACUCUUCUUCCGCUAUAAACAAAACAUGGGUUUUCCCCCUCUACAAUCCCAAAACAGAUCAACAAUCCUCUUCUCUCAGCAAUGCCUGGAAGCUUAAGGAAUCUAUCACUUUCUCCCAAAAUCUUCUACUUCACCUUGCUUCUCUCAUUAAACUCUCUUAUUCUCUUUUUUCCAUGUUGUUACUCACUUGAUGAACAAGGCCAAGCUCUUGUAGCAUGGAAAAACAGUUUAAACAGCACAGUGGAUGCAUUAGCAUCAUGGAAUCCUUCAGCCUCAAGCCCAUGCAACUGGUUUGGGGUGUAUUGCAACUCACAAGGAGAUGUGGUAGAGAUAAACCUGAGAUCAGUGAACUUGCAAGGCUCAUUGCCUUCAAAUUUUCAACCUCUAAGGUCCUUGAAGAUUCUUGUCCUCACAUCAACCAACAUCACAGGAAGGAUUCCAAAAGAGAUUGGAGACUAUCAAGAGCUCAUCUUUAUUGAUCUUAGUGGGAAUUCUCUCUUUGGUGAAAUCCCACAAGAAAUUUGCAGCCUAAGGAAACUACAAAGUUUGUCUCUACAUACAAAUUUCCUUGAAGGCAGCAUUCCAUCCAACAUUGGAAAUCUAUCAAGUCUUGUGAACUUGACACUCUACGAUAAUCAACUCAGUGGUGAAAUUCCAAAGAGCAUUGGCGUUUUAAGCAAGCUUGAAGUCAUUAGAGCUGGUGGCAAUAAGAACCUCAAGGGUGAGAUCCCAUGGGAGAUUGGAAACUGCACCAACUUGGCUAUGUUAGGCCUUGCAGAAACCAGCAUUUCAGGGAGCCUUCCUUCUUCAAUCAAAAUGUUGACAAGAAUCAAGACCAUAGCCAUUUACACUACUCUAUUAUCAGGUCCCAUUCCAGAAGAGAUUGGCAAUUGCAGUGAGUUGCAGAACCUGUACUUGUAUCAAAACUCUAUCUCAGGUUCAAUUCCAAGCCAAAUUGGAGGACUCAGCAAUCUUAAGAGUCUUCUUUUAUGGCAAAACAAUCUAGUAGGUACAAUCCCUGAAGAACUUGGAAGCUGCUCAGAAAUCGAAGUCAUAGAUUUAUCAGAAAACCUUCUCACAGGUAGCAUACCAAGUAGUUUUGGUAAGCUUUCAAAUCUUCAAGAGCUUCAACUGAGCGUGAAUCAGCUCUCAGGUAUAAUCCCUCCUGAGAUUUCAAAUUGCAUUUCUCUGACACAACUUGAAGUAGAUAACAAUGCUCUCUCUGGUGAGAUUCCUGAUCUUAUUGGCAACUUGAAAGGCUUAACUCUGUUCUUUGCAUGGCAGAACAAGCUAACAGGGAAAAUCCCAGAUAGUCUUUCUGAGUGCCAGGAACUUCAGGCACUUGAUCUUUCUUACAACAACUUGAUUGGUCCAAUACCCAAACAACUAUUUGGGUUGAGAAACCUCACCAAAUUGCUGCUUCUUUCCAAUGAUUUAUCAGGCUUUAUACCACCUGAUAUAGGAAAUUGCACAGGUCUCUACAGGCUGAGGUUGAAUCAUAAUAGACUUGCAGGUAACAUUCCACCUGAAAUUGGAAACUUGAAGAGUUUGAAUUUUGUGGACAUUAGCAACAAUCAUCUUGUAGGAAAGAUUCCUCCAACACUAUCUGGAUGCCAGAAUCUUGAGUUUCUAGAUCUUCAUUCCAAUAGUCUCACAGGUUCUAUUCCAGAUUCUCUUCCAAAAAGCCUUCAGUUGAUUGACUUCUCAGAUAACAGGUUAACAGGUUCACUGAGUCACGCCCUUGGUUCAUUGGUUGAGUUAACCAAACUCAACCUGGGAAAGAACCGGUUAAGUGGAAGAAUCCCAGAAGAGAUCUUGUCUUGCACCAAGCUUCAACUUCUAGACUUGGGAAGCAAUAGUUUCACUGGAGAAAUUCCCAAGGAAGUUGGUCUAAUUCCCUCCUUGGAAAUCUCUCUCAAUCUUAGUUGCAACCAGUUUUCUGGUCAAAUUCCUUCCCAGUUCUCUAGCCUUAGCAAGCUAGGAGUGCUUGAUCUCUCACACAACAAGCUCUCAGGGAAUUUAGAUGCUCUUUAUGACCUUGAGAAUCUUGUUUCCUUAAAUGUUUCCUUCAAUGGUUUCUCUGGUGAGUUGCCUAACACUCCAUUCUUCCAUAAACUCCCUCUUAGUGAUCUUGCUGAAAAUGAAGGUCUCUACAUUGCUGGAGGUGUUGCAACUCCUUCUGACAGAAUGGCAAAAAGUCAUGCCAAAUCAGCCAUGAAGUUCAUUAUGUCCAUUCUCAUGAGCACCAGUGCAGUACUAGUGCUACUCACAAUCUAUGUCUUGGUUCAUGCUCACAAGGCCAACAAGGUGGUCAUGGACAACGAAAAUUGGGACAUGACUUUGUAUCAGAAACUUGAUUUUUCCAUUGAUGACAUUAUCUUGAAUUUGACAUCAUCCAAUGUGAUUGGCACUGGAAGCUCAGGAGUUGUGUACAAAGUGACCAUUCCAAGUGGUGAAACACUAGCAGUUAAAAAGAUGUGGUCAUCAGAAGAGUCUGGUGCAUUCAGUUCAGAAAUUCAAACAUUGGGGUCAAUUAGACACAAGAAUAUCAUUAGGCUUCUAGGUUGGGGAUCCAACAAGAACCUGAAGCUUCUGUUUUAUGAUUACCUCCUCAAUGGAAGUUUGAGCUCAUUGCUUCAUGGUUCAGGAAAAGGAAAAGCUGAAUGGGAGACAAGAUAUGAUGUUAUAUUAGGUGUGGCACAUGCACUUGCAUAUUUGCACCAUGAUUGUGUGCCUGCUAUAAUUCAUGGAGAUGUCAAAGCCAUGAAUGUACUAUUAGGUCCUGGAUAUCAACCAUACCUUGCUGACUUUGGCUUGGCAAGAGUUGCAAUUGAGAAUUGUGACAGUACUAAUUCCAAGCCAAUUCAAAGACAUUACCUUGCUGGUUCAUAUGGAUACAUGGCUCCUGAACAUGCAUCAAUGCAACCUAUCACUGAGAAAAUUGACGUGUACAGUUUUGGUAUGGUUCUACUUGAGAUUCUCACAGGAAGGCACCCUUUAGACCCGACUCUACCAGGGGGUGCAAACUUGGUUCAAUGGGUUAGGAACCACUUAGCUAGCAAAGGAGACCCUUCAGAUAUUCUUGACACAAAGCUAAGAGGGAGGGAUGACCCCACCAUGCAUGAAAUGUUACAAACUCUAGCAGUGUCAUUUUUAUGUGUAAGUACUAGAGCUGAUGACCGUCCUACAAUGAAAGAUGUUGUUGCAAUGCUCAAGGAAAUUAGACCUCUUGAGACAUCAAGGUCAGAUACUGAUCUAUUGAAGGGAGGUUUAAUAGCACAUAGUUCUCCACCACCUCCUAAGAAUGUGGUUUCACAUGGAUCUUCUUCAUGUUCCUAUAAUUUCUCAGAAAAUUCUAUUAGUUGAGAAAGUGUGCAUCUCAUGGAGAAGCUAUGCUUCAUUCCAUUGUACAUAGUCUAAUGCAAUGUCAAAUAGAUGUGGCCUAAAUUAUUAGUUAGUGAUGUUCUAGUACUCUAGUGUGAUAAUUUUUUCCCCUUCUAAUGUAAUUCAUAUAGAUGAUGCAAAUUUC